UCGAGCCGGGCAUUGUGGGAGAUGUAGUCCAUACGGUGACAACGAGCCGGGCAUUGUGGGAGAUGUAGUCCACAUGGUGUCCACCUGAUCUUUGUACGGCGGUGCACGGGGCUGUUGCUUGUACCAAAGAAGCGCAACGUUUGAACAGAAUAACACAAGACCGUGCCACCACAUAGAUGUCAAUCUACCAAGCGAUGCGGCGUUCCAGGCCGUCAUCAAACAGUCGGGGGAUAAAUUGGUGAUAAAAGUUGAAUCGGACUCUCGGGUCGCGGUGCAUCAUGCAGCAGUCCGACGGUAAGAGCUCCGGAGGCGGCGGGCUGGACGGCUGUCUCCUGCAUCACCGGACCGAGGCGGCCGGCGGGACGUGCAUCGGAGACAGGAUGGUGAAGGUGGAGUCGGGCGUUCUGCUGUCCUCGUCCCAGACCGCCGAGCUGGCCUUCCUGCGCUCGCGCGUCCGAGACCUGGAGCGGGAGAAGGCGGAGAUGGGGGCGGAGAACCAGCGGCUCCGGACCAUGCUGGUCAACGAGAUCCCCGGGCUGCUGUCCACCAUGUGGCAGACCCUCGGUCAGAACAACACCAGCAGCCACCACCACCACUCCCCUCUCUCUGUCUCCAUGACGACGGGGAGGGGAGGAGCCCGAGACUACGGCUCCUCCUACUCCCAGCACCACCCGCUGCAGCCGGCCAGCCACACCUCGGAGGACGUGGAGUUCAGCCCUAGCGACCACCUCGACGACCACUCCACGCUCGGCCCCGAGGACCUGAGUGGGGACAUGGUGGACUACGGCGAGGAGGAGGAGGAGGUGCCCGGGGGGGAUCUGGGUAUGGGCGGAGACAUGAUGGGGGAGGAGCCAAUCUGCAGCCAGACGGACAUGGUGGAGGCGGAGCUGAGGAGGCGGGGCGCGGAGAGCCAGUGCGCUAACAGACAUGCUAGCAGCCAUGCUAGCAGCCAUGCUAACAGCCAUGCUAGCAGCCACGCCAACAGCCAUGUAAGAGGAACAGCGUCUAUCCAUGGACAGAUCAGAUUAGUAUAUAAGAAUAUCAAUUCAGAUUACUGA